CCCAGCCGUUGGCAGGAUGGCGCACAACAACCACAACGUCAGCGGCGCACCUACAGAGUGAGAAGAGAUAUUUCCGCUGAGUACGACGAUGCUGAGUUAUUGAAAAGAUUCAGAUUGGACCGUGCUGGUAUUGUUGCAGUGACUGAUAUAGUGAGAGACAAGCUGCAAAGUAAAACUGAAAGAAAUAGAGCCUUGACCCCUGAGAUGGUGGCCAUCACAUUACGAUAUUUAGCCACAGGAAAAAUGGAACAGUGCAGUUGUGAUGAUUUUGGAACAACGCAGCCCACUAUCAGCCGUGCAAUAUCACAGACAAUUGAUGCACUGGCUGACCCAGAAGUAAACUGGCAGUUCGUGGCUUUCCCUCACACCCAGCGUGAAGUGCAGCAAAAACAGGCAGAGUUCAUGCAAGCAACUCAGUUUCCCGGUGUUGUGGGAGUGAUUGAUGGCACUCAUAUAAGAAUUGUGUCUCCUCAUGUCGAUGAACAUGUACAUGUGAACAGGAAACGCUAUCACAGCAUAAAUGUGCAAGUAGUAUUUGAUGCUCACUAUAAGAUUCUUGACAUUGUGGCAAGGUGGCCUGGCUCAGUCAACGAUGCAAGAAUACUAGAUAAGUCAGCACUCAAACUGAUGUUUGAGGAACAACAUGUACCUGCAGGAUGCUACCUUCCCGGGGACAGUGGCUAUCCCUGCAAGCAGUGGCUCCUCACACAAGCUAAUUAUAACAGUUCCAGUACCUUACGAUGCAGCCGAGGGGACUGACGCCACCACUACCACAACAAGGGUUAUUCAAGUGGGAAACAUGCUUCAGGUGUUGCCCCAAGAUGCCUCAGCCCCGCAGCCCCACUUCCCCAUGAUAGUGCAGGCAGGGAAUGUCAUACAGGUUGUUCCAGCUGACAACAUGCAGGUGUUAGGGGCAGAGUUGGUCGGGUCAUGCAAGUGGUCGGAGUCCCAGGCUUUCCCCCGACCCCAGCCCCAGACCCCUGCCCCAGCCACCCCUCUCCCUGUGACCCCUGCCCAGUCAUCCCUCACCCCCUCCUGCCCCCCUGCGGUGCUGCCAGCGGGGGUGGCGGGAGGUGGAGGUGAGCCACACACACCUGGGUUAGCUGUGGCUUGGCUUAUCUCCCUCCUCAGCAGCAAAUCCCGAGGAUCAACGAGGACAUGGUGGACCCAGAGAUUGCAGCAGCAGCAAGAGAGAGAGAGAAGCAAGAGAGGAGGGAGAGGAAGGAGAGGAGGAGGAGAGAGAGAGAGGCCAGGAGGGAGGCACGUCAGAGAGAGAGGGAGAGGAAGAGGUUGAUUCUGUUACAACAACAACUGCAACAACAACAACAGUUAGCCAAUGAGGAGGGGGAGGGGCCGUCCUCUGAUGCUGAGGAUGAGGUAUUGUUCAGGGAGGCCAUGUCGGAGGUGCCGGUGGUGGGGUCGCCAGUUCCAGAGUACGAGGUGGAGGAGGAAGAGGAAGAGGAGGACGAGGAGGAGGCACGGAUGAGGAAGAAGAAAAGAUUAUUACCUGUAGCUCUCCCUCCAGCUGAUAAGGGGAUAUUAAUGAGUCCUUCCUACAGGUCAAGAGAUGAUUACCGGCCCAAGGCAGUGAAGUUUGCAGAUGGGGUGCUGCCAGGGGAGGGGACGUCACCCAGUGGGGGGGAGGAGAUCCACUCCCCACCACCCCCUACCCCCACCACCACCACCACUGCUACUACCACCACUGCCACCAGGAAGAAAGAGAAGAAGUUUAGAAAGAAGAGAAAGGUUAAAGUGAAGCUGAUCAAGCUGUAUACUGGAGACAAGGAUGGCAGCCACUCUCCCCCGCCCCCUCCAGGGUCACCGCCCCCCUUCACUGCACUGAAGUUGUACCCAGGCUACACCCACUACACCUUCACAGCUCCCAGCACUGCAGUUAUAUACACACAGCCUUCCCCACAGCAAUAUGCUUACAACCAAGUGGCAGCCAUUCCUGGGGGGGUCGUGGUGGCCAACCGGGGGGGAGCAACGACCCCCACCAACCCCCCCACAGGGAUGUUCAGUUAUCCUGGGUAUGUGUACACCACCCUCUACUCCCCUUCCCCCUCCCCUGCCCAGCCCACCUCCCUCCAGUAUAUUCUUCCAGCAGCAACAGCAGCAGCAGCAGCAGGAGCAGGAGGAGGAGGUGGAGGAGGAGGAGGAGGGGCCAGGAGGAAGGAGGAGUGAGGAAGAAGAGGAGGAGGAGAAAGAGGAAGAAGGAUUGUCAGCAAGAGAAGAGGAAGAGGAGGAGAGGAAUAAGGAAGAGAAUGACUUGAUAUUUCUCUCUCUCUCUCUCUCUCUCUCUCUCUCUCUCUCUCUCUCUCUCUCUCUCUCUCUCUCUCUCUCUCUCUCUCUCUGUCUGUGUGUAAGAUAAAAUUAAUUAUUCUUUAUUAUUAUUAUUAUUAUUAUUAUUAUUAUUAUUAUUAAAGAGCAAAUAGAAUAGAGAAGAAUAAAGUUAAGAAUUUUGUUAUUAUUAUUAUUAUUAUUGUUAUUAUUAUUAUUAUUAUUAUUAUUAUUAUACAUUUGUUUCCUUGUAUAUAAAUAAAAUUGUAAUUGUGA